AUGCUGAUUUCUUCACCUGUGCCACUAUUCCUUUCUCUCUGCACUCUAUUUUCAUCAUGUUCUGCUCGUGCUGAACGCGCUCGGUACCCUGCUGAUGGCGGACGUGGCGCUCUCAAGCUCACAACCCAGGAUCGUGCAGGAGAUGAGGCGACCAACGGGACGAUUGCACCGAAAGUGUUUAUCAUCAGCAUGUACUCUGAUGAGGAGGAAGUGUGGUAUAAUAUCCCCGAAUUCGACAUUCUCUCCCAAAACAUCACGGUCCCAGGUUUCUCCCCAUCAUUUCCCGAUGCCCAUUGUACCUCAGACGGCACCAUAUGUCACCUAGUAACAGGCGAAGCUGAAAUCAACGCCGCGUCAACCAUCUCCGCGCUUAUCUACUCGCGCACCUUCAACCUCGCCACGACCUAUUUCCUGAUUGCCGGUGUCGCAGGCGUCAGCCCAAAGGUCACCACCAUCGGGUCCGUCACAUUUGCUCGGUUCGCCGUCCAAGUCGCCCUUCAAUACCAGAUUGAUGCUCGCGAAAUCCCGACCGACUGGCCGACCGGCUACGUUCCUCAAGGUUCCUACUCCCCUGAUCAAUAUCCAGGCUACAUCUACGGCACGGAGGUCUUCGAGCUCAACGACGCCCUUCGUCAGCGCGUAAUCGAUUUCGCAAGCAACGUCACGCUAGUCGACUCCGAGGAUGCACAGGCAGUUCGUGCAAACUACGCCAACACUUCCUUAUAUGGACCGGGAGCGGAUACUCCGUCUGUUGUCGCCUGUGACACUGCCACGUCCGAUGUUUGGUUCUCUGGUUCCCUGCUCGGUGAGACCUUCGAGAACACUACGUUGCUGUUCACCAAUGGUACCGCCGUGUACUGCACAACGCAACAAGAGGAAAACGCCACACUCGAAUCACUCAUGCGCGGCGCACUUUCCGGGCUCGUCGAUUUCUCUCGCAUCAUCAUCAUGCGCUCCGCUUCCGACUUCGAUAGGCAGUUUGAAGGACAGAGUGCAUCUGAUAACCUUCUUGGAGAGACACCGGGUUAUGAUAUUGCUCUUACGAAUUUAUACCUGGUCGGUGUGAAGGUUGUAGAGGGUAUUGUGGAGGAGUGGGAAGAAACAUUCGAGAAGGGGGUCCAAGCGGAGAACUAUGUUGGGGAUAUCCUCGGAUCUUUGGGUGAGAAGCCCGAUUUUGGUCCACAGAGCGUUUCUGGUGAGGCCGUGUCGGAGAAGAGGUCCUUCAGUGGGAGAAAGGGGAGAAGAGCUGAUCGACGACGGCAUCGUCUUAAUUUGUGA